UUUCAAGAUGGCGGCGCCCAGACUGCACGAGAAUUAGCUCUUCAGUGGCUUCAAGUCCGUUUCCAUAACCUGCGCCUAAAUUACCAGUUUUUGAGAUUUCCGGCGUCUGAGUUGUUCUGGGAGAGUGGUUGAGCCUUUGAAGAGUCGCUACCAUGAUCAUUUGGAGUCUUACUAAAAGAAUGCAGCACCACCAUGUUAAACUGUGCCUGGGAAAUCUGGUCAGAAGUAUCUUGAGAAACAGUAGGUCAUUGACCUCACAGCCCAUCACUUCAGAGCUUACUGCCAGUGGGACUUCAGGCAGUUCAGUGGAGGUGCUGGGCAAGUCCUAUCCUCGGGAUGACCAUAGCAACAUACCAGAAAAGAUUCUUUCCAAGGUGGGAAAGAAUUUGCAUAAUAGGAAAUAUCACCCCUUAUGGCUGGUCUUGGAGAGAGUGAAACAUCAUUUUUAUAAACAAUAUAUAGGUCCCUAUGGGACUCCACUGUUCUCUGUCUUUGAUAGCCUCUCUCCAGUUGUCACAACAUGGCAGAACUUUGACAGUCUCCUUGUGCCAGCUGAUCACCCGAGCCGGAAGAAGGGAGACAACUAUUACCUGAAUCGUACUCACAUGUUACGGUCUCACACUUCAGCCCACCAGUGGAACUUGAUUCGCGCCGGCCUCAAUGCUUUCCUUGUGUUUGGAGAUGUCUAUCGGCGGGACCAGAUUGAUUCCAACCAUUACCCAGUCUUCCAUCAGUUGGAAGCUGUCCGCCUCUUCAACAAACAUCAGUUGUUUGGUGACAUAAAGGAUGGAGAACCCCUCCAGCUAUUUGAACAAAGUAGCCGCUCUGCCCAGAAGCAGGAGACCCAUACCUUGGAGGCCGUGAAGCUGGUGGAGUUUGACCUUAAGCAAACACUUACCAAGCUUGUGACACAUCUUUUUGGAGAGGGACUGGAGAUUAGAUGGGUGGACUGCUACUUCCCUUUCACUCAUCCGUCUUUUGAGAUGGAGAUCAACUUUCAAGGAGAAUGGAUUGAGGUGCUGGGCUGUGGGAUCAUGGAGCAACAGCUAGUCAAUUCAGCUGGUGCUCGAAAUAAUAUUGGAUGGGCCUUUGGUCUGGGAUUGGAGAGGCUGGCCAUGAUCCUGUAUAAUAUCCCUGACAUUCGCAUAUUUUGGAGUGAAGAUGAGAGAUUCCUGAAACAAUUUCAUGUGCCUAAUAUCAACCAGGAUGUACAAUUUCAGCCUCUUAGCAAGUACCCAGCUUUGGUGAAUGACAUCUCCUUCUGGCUACCCUCUCAGAAUUACUCUGAGAAUGAUUUCUAUGACUUAGUCCGAACCAUUGGAGGGGACCUAGUAGAGAAGGUUGAUCUCAUAGACAAGUUUGAGCAUCCAAAGACACAGAGAGUCAGCCAUUGCUAUCGAAUUACUUAUCGCCACAUGGAGAAAACCCUCACCCAAGAAGAGGUAACACACAUCCAUCAGUCUGUCCAAGAAGGGGCCGUGCAGCUGCUAGGUGUGGAGGGCAGAUUUUGACAUGCCUGCUUUGCUGAGGUGGGAGGCCUUCUCCCUGCUCACAGAUUCACCUACAGAGAAAGGAUGACACUCAUCCAUGAAUUGGGGGCAUCAGCUAUCUUUUGAUAAAUAGGUUAGUUUUAGGAAUUGUGGAAAAUAAAAAAUAACUCUAGAGAAA